UCACUGGCGAGCGCCGUCGCCUCGGUACUGUCAGUGGCGGCACGGGAGCCCGUCUUUCCCCAGAGCUGCUAUGAGCAAGCGGAACCAGGUGUCGUACGUGCGGCCGGCGGAGCCGGCGUUUCUGGCCCGCUUCAAGGAGCGGGUCGGCUACAGGGAAGGGCCCACCGUAGAGACCAAGAGAAUCCAGCCUCAGCUCCCAGAUGAAGAUGGUGAUUACAGUGACAAAGAAGAUGAACAGCCCCAAGUGGUGGUUGUUAAAAAAGGAGAUCUAUCAGCUGAAGAAGUCAUGAAAAUUAAAGCAGAAAUAAAGGCUGCCAAAGCAGAGGAAGAACCAGCUUCAGCUGAUGGAAGAAUCAUGUAUCGAAAACCAGUCAAGCGACCCUCAGAUGAAAAAUAUUCAGGUUUAACAGCAAGCUCAAAAAAGAAAAAGCCAAAUGAAGAUGAAAUAAAUCGGGACUCAGUUAGAAAGAACUCACAGAAGCAAAUCAAAAACAGUAGCCUCCUUUCUUUUGACAAUGAAGAUGAAAAUGAGUAAGUGUAAACAUUUUGGACGUAGUCUCCUUGGAAAAUAUAUGGGGUGUUUUUUAAAAUAACAUUUUUUUCCUAUUAUAAGGAGUUCAUUAUUUAGAAAAUACAGGAAAAAAUUUAAUAAAAUAAACUACAUCUGUCCAUCAAUACCUGUCUGACUUGAAAUGCCAACUUGGUAAAAGUUAACUACUAUUACCAUUUUGUUAUUUCCUGUGUUUGGGUGUGUAUGUAAAUUAUAUAUUUUUAAACAAACUACAUCUUGUUUGUAUAAACAAAAUUGUAUAAAUACAAUUGUAUAUGUUCUCUGUCCUGCUUCUCACUUGACAUUACAUUGUGAGCAUUUGUCCAGGUCAGUAAAUUUCAAAAACCUGACAUUCUUAGCUGCAGAGAAUUUUACAAUUAAACAGAUCCCCUGUUGUAUCUUCCUCAUUAGGAGAACCCCACUUUGGGUGGGGGAGAUGAUAAUGUGUCUAGUUAAAAAUACCUACCCAGCUCCUGCUAAGGGUGGCCAUGACUCAGCUCUGGCGAGUUAAGAGUUAGCAAGUGGAAUUCUGCUUAAUAAAGCUGCUGAGUUUUUUGAUGCAAAAGGACAGACUUGGCAAGCAUGAACAUUUACCCUUAUCUCUUCAUCCUGCUUGAAGUGCAGACAUGAAACCUAAGGACCAGAGCCAUUUUUAGGCAUAAGGAAGGCAGCUAUUUGCUUUGGGUGGUUUAAGUGGAGAGACUGAAGGAGCCUGGAUCCUUGAUGGCAUGCCUUGAGCUGCUGUACCAGCCUUGGACUGCUGACCUCUAAACUUCUUGAGACAUGAGAGGAAUAAACACUAUGCUUAUUUAAGCCUCUGUCAGGUUUCUCUCUGCCAAAUGCAGGCCUAAGUAAUAACAAUAACUGGUCAAACAUGCUUGUAUAGGCAUCUCUGAGUAUAUGUGAUGAUUUCCUUAGAAUGAAUUGCUGGAAGCAGAAUUACUGGAUCAAAGUAUUUGAAUAUUUUUAAAGCUGUUGAUAUUUACUUUCAAAUUGUUUUCUAGAGAGACUUUUAGCAUUUCAUUUACCAUCUAUAAGAGUCCACGUCACCUCAUGCAUGAUAAUAGUGCACCAGCCUCGGGGUGGCACCAGGCUUUUAAUUUUUGUCAAUUUGAUGUAUUGAAAAUGGUGUUUAGUGGUUAAAUUUAAUUGGGAUUUUCUUUGAUCUACCAGGGAAGCUAAACUGGUUUUCAAAUGUUAAGAGACCAUUUAUAUUUCUUUUCUGAAUUAACGUGUUCAUUUUCCAUUAGUAUAAUCACGUUUUUCUAACUUGUAAGUUAGUUAAUCAAUUAUUUUUGUUCUGUUUCCCAACCUCUGUAUCAGAUAAUCACCUAUAUUCCCUUGUUCUUUGUUUUUAUUUCUUACAUUUUAAAUUUUAUUCCAUCUGGAAUUUAUUUUGGCAUACUUUUUUCUGAAUAAUCAAUUGUCCUAGAACCAUAUCUGUUUCUCACUCAUUUGAAAGGCCAUCUGAAUGAGAGAGUUUGCCAGGUGUUGGGGUAAGGAAGGGAAGUGCCGUAAAGUCUGAGCCUUUCCAGGUGAUUCCUCCAGACCCUGCUUAAUCCUAACAAUUUUCCUCAUUAGUAAAAGUGAACCAAAACUGGGGGCUUGUUAAAAUCCCAUCCUUCACCAGCCACAUCCACCUGAAAUUAUGAAUUUCAGAUCAUCUUGUCAUAAAUUUGGUGCCACAUCUAUGUUUCCCCCAUUUUAAGUACCCAGUAUAAAUAAUACUCAAAUGUGAUGUAUGUGUGUGGGCUAGGGAGCAUUAAAAUAGGCUCUUUCUAAAUCACUUAAACUAGUCCUGAAGCCAUGCUGCAGUACUGUUUUUAAUAUAUACUUACUUGUUACAUAAGCCAAGGGAUUUUUUUCCCUAAUUUAUAUCAUUACUAUAUCUAUUCUUGUACCAAAGUACACUGUUUUAAUUACUCUAAAUUUUAAUAUGUCUUAGUAUCUGGAGGUGGGAAUCUUGAAGGCAGGGAAUUUGUUUUAUUCACCACUGUAUCCUCAGUACCUAGAAAAGUACCUGGCAUAUUAAGUGCACAAUAAAUAUAGUUAUAUGAAUGA